CGAUAGCGGGUUUCUGGUGGUGAACCGAAUCCCACUCCACCGCUCUAGCGGCUCCUCCGCAUCUCCCAGGAAUAAAGCUACCCUGCCCUGCCUGUUCCCCUCGGCCUACGUCUUGCCGGUUCCUCCCCGCCCUGUCACCUCUGCCGUACCACGCCCACCAUCCAUUCCACCAACUUCGCUGCCAGUAUGACCUUCCUCUAGGAUUCCAAUCACUUCACCGGAGCCGGUUGGCCUCCAUUCCACCGCUUCGACCUUGUGUAUAUAUUUGCUACUACUCUUAACCUUCUAAUUUCCGCUGUACGAUACAAGCAAUGGCGCUCGCGAGAGCAGCCAGGAUCAUUCUGGUCGGCGCACCAGGCGUGGGCAAGGGCACGCAGACCGAGCGUCUGAUGAAGCGCUUCCCGGAUUUAUCGUCAAUCAGUUCUGGUGAUUUGUUGAGGAAGAACGUGAGGGAACGGACCCCUCUUGGUAUCCAGGCCGAGGCUAAGAUGAAGACGGGCGAACUGGUGCCGGAUACCAUGAUUCUGCGACUCAUUCUCAACGAGCUCACUACGCGCGGAUGGAUACAAGACAACACGCUGCGGCCGUACGCCGUGUAUUCGAGCGCCACGGGUAUGGACGACGCGGACGGAACCGUCGACUCCGUCCUCAUACCCUCUCAGUUCCGCGCUGCGAAAUACCAGUACACUGAUCACCCGUCGGCUUCCUUUAUCUUGGACGGCUUUCCGCGCACUGCCAGCCAGGCCAUGCAACUUGACGAUAUAGUGCCCAUCAACCUUGUGGUCAAUAUCCAGACUCCGCCCGAAGUUAUCAUCGAGCGGAUCUGCAACCGUUGGGUGCACGAGCCAUCCGGGAGGGUAUAUAACACGACGUUCAACCCACCCAAGGUCGAAGGCAAAGAUGACGAGACGGGCGAAGCUCUCACAAGACGCGCAGAUGACGACCCGGAAGUGUGGAAGGCGCGGUUGAAGCGCUUCAAAGAAACGAACGAGAACCUGUUGGAGCACUACGACAAACAUGGCGUCUUGUGGACUGUAAAUGGAAACAGCAGCGACGAGAUUUCACCGCAGCUGUUCAAGGAGUUUGGCAAACGGUUUGGCGCUGGGGGUAACUAGGUCGAUAUCCAUAUUUCCUUUGUACGUGUACACUAUGGACAGUGAGAGCCUGGACUUGCUGGACUUGCGGCUCGUGCCGCUUCCAAUAUUCUUCUUCACCGUUUACUCAGUAGUUCAAUCUUUGGCACGUAGCUGGUGGUUGCACCUAGUUUUCGAUCGAGUAUUCGUUGAGCAAGCCGCGCAAUUUCUUCAGCGCUUUCCCGUAACGAUCAGUCCGACACACACAUCCAUCCGACGACGACUAGAUAG